UAAAGGCACUGGUUGAGUAGACAGAUUUUACAAAAAAAAAACUGUUCGCUCAUAAAUUGCAAUAGCUUGGAAAAAAUUUUGAACAUUGCAACCGUUAUCUGAUACUAUAGUUUUAAAGGCCUUUCAAUAAAGCAUACACGACUAAAUACAAUCUUUUUAUCGUCGCUUAUCGUUAAUUCUUUACAAUGCAAUAUAAGAUAACCAAUCAAGAAUAUUCACAAUUAUAUUUUUCAAUUCCCGACUACUGUGUCUUUGGAGCGCUAUUGUUGUUCUCUACGGGAAUCGGUGUCUAUUUCGGCUACAUAAGGAAGAAACCGGUUAAGCCAAGCAAUGAUGGGGAACCCAAGGACCAUAACGUACCGGACUUUGGUUCUAAAGGAAUGAGCGAAUAUAUGUUGGGAUCCAGACAAAUGAAAUUAUUUCCAGUGGCAAUGAGCCUUGUUGCUAGGUUAGUUAUGCUGGGCACACCAUCGGAAAUCUACAAUUAUGGAACUCAAUAUUGGUUAAUCAUUAUAUCGAUAAUUUUCAUGGCAAUAGUGGUGUCAAAAGUCUAUAUGCCGGUUUUUUGCGCAUUAAGAGUCAGUUCUUCUUAUGAGUAUUUGGAAACUCGUUUCGGUGCGAGCGUUCGUACUAUUGCUGCUGUUUUGUUUAUUGUGAAAAUGACAGUUUACAUGCCAAUAGUUGUAUAUGUGCCAGCAUUAGCAUUUAAUCAAGUCACUGGAAUUAAUGUUUACAUAACUAGCAGUGUCGUCAGUUUUAUUGUCGUGAUCUACACAAUAUUGGGAGGUAUUAAGGCUGUGGUUCAAACUGAUAUAUGGCAAACAUUGGUUAUGUUUAUUGGGAUAAUAGUAGUGGUCAUACUUGGAGUGAUAUGGGCAGGUGGAUUUGGACAAGUAUUUCAGCACGCUGCUGAAGGUGGACGCAUCAUUUUUGCUAAAUUUUUACCGAAGGAAUGUUUCAAUGCUACACCCAAUGCAAGCCCUAUUUUAUCCCGAGAUUUUUACCGAGAGAAUGUUUCAAUGCUACACCUAAUGCAAGCCCUACUUUAUCCCGAGACUUCCAACUAUGCAAAAUAUUCGCAAUUUCAUUUUUCAAUUCCCGACUACUGUGUCUUUGGAGCGCUUUUGUUGUUCUCCACAGGAAUCGGUAUCUAUUUUGGCUACAUAAGAAAGAAACCGGUUAAAUCAAGUCGCGAUGAAGAACCAAACGAUCAUAACGUACCCGACUUUGGUUCUAAAAGAAUGAAUGAAUAUAUGCUGGGAUCCAGACAAAUGAAAGUAUUUCCAGUGGCAAUGAGCCUUGUUGCUAGCUACAUUUCUGGCGCAACUAUGCUGGGCACACCAUCGGAAAUCUACAAUUAUGGAACUCAAUAUUGGUUCAUCAUUAUACCGAUCAUUUUGAUGGCAAUUACGGUGUCAAAAGUGUAUAUGCCAGUAUUUUCCGUGUUAAAAGUUAGUUCUUCUUAUGAAUAUUUGGAAAUUCGUUUCGGCGGCAGUGUUCGGACUAUUGCCGCGGUUCUGUUUACUUUUAACUUGAUGUUGUACUUGCCAAUAGUUUUAUAUGUGCCCUCAUUAGCGUUUAAUCAGGUCACUGGAAUAAAUGUAUACAUCACUAGUAGCUUCAUCAGCUUAAUUGUAGUGAUCUACACAAUAUUGGGUGGUAUUAAAGCUGUGAUCCAUACAGAUGCAUGGCAAACAUUGGUUAUGUUUAUUGGGCUUAUAGUUGUCGUCCUACUUGGAACAAUAUAUGCAGGUGGAUUUGGACCAGUAUUUCAGCACGCUGCUGAAGGUGGGCGCAUCAUAUUUGCUAAUAUAAACCCAUCUUUAUAUGAGAGACAGUCAUUGUGGGCUGUAUUGAUUGGUGGCUUUUUCUAUUGGACCAGUAUUAAUAGUGUAAACCAGACGAUGGUUCAACGCUACAUGUCCCUGCCGACAUUGAAAAAAGCACAGCAAUCGAUGACGAUUUUUGCGAUCAGUGCUAUAAUAUUCAUUUCGUUUUGCUGUUUCGCCGGUUUAUUGAUAUUUGAUUACUAUCGAAACUGUGAUCCACUAAGCGCUGGACUUAUCUCGAAUAACGAUCAAUUACUACCGAUCUAUGUAAUGCAUACGGUUGGUCAUCUGCAAGGCAUACCGGGUCUCUUUAUAGCCGGCGUCUUUGGCGCAGGCUUAAGUUCUUUAUCAAUGGGAUUUAAUUGUGCUGCUUUGGUGAUCCUUCAGGAUAUUGUGCGUGCUAGUUUUAAAGUGAAGCUAAGCGAACGCGCUUCAACGAUUCUUGUCAAAUUCACAAUAAUUAUUCAGGGUAUAAUAGCGGUUGCAUUAAUUUUUGUACUCGAAAAGUUAAGUGGCAUUUUGAGUGUAGUGUCUUCGCUGGUUGCCAUUGAAACUGGCACCAGUUGUGGUAUAUUCACACUCGGAAUGUUGGUACCAUAUAGCACAACGAAAGGUGCUUUGGCCGGCGCUGCUGCAGGCGCAAUUAUGUCAGGUUGGGUGUCUUUUGGCACACAAGCAGCAAUGGCAAGCGGUCAACUUGGUUCGCAUAAGUUGCAAGUUUUCGUAUCGGAGUGUCCUGCUAAUUCAACAAUAACUGAACCCGAUUAUGUUGAUGAGUCGGACGUAUUUCCGUUAUAUCGUUUGUCGUAUCAUUGGAUACCUGUGAUUGGUGUUUUAUCAACAUUGUUGGUUGGCACUGUCACAUCUUUCCUUUGCGGACCAAGAGACUUGAAAACGUUGGACGCAGUUGUAAUUUCACCUGUAAUCCAUAGAUUUUUACCGAAGGAAUGUUUUAAUGCUACACCCAAUGCAAGCCCUAUUUUAUCCCGAGGUAAAUCUGAGCGAAUAUUAUCUGACCUUUCGAAUAAGUCCAAACACACGAGGAGUGCUACGGAGAAAUACUAA